AUGUCAAAUACUGAAAAUAUUCCUGUCGAUAGUCUAGUUAAUGGCGAUAAAAAAGAUGUCGAAGAACCUGAAACACCGAUUGAAACAAUUGUUAUUGAACCAGAUUCAACUAUUGUUGAAUUAACAGCAUGUCGCCUUCGAGCAAUUGAAGGACUUGAUGGUUUAACAAAAAUUGAAACGUUAAAUAUGCGUCAAAAUUUAAUAAAUAAAAUUGAAAACGUUUCACAAUUGACAACACUUCAGUACAUCGAUUUAUAUGAUAAUCAUAUCGAGCGAAUCGAAGGUUUAAAUACAUUGACUCAAUUGAAACACGUCGAUCUAUCAUUUAAUAGAAUUUCCGUUAUUGAAAAUUUGUCUACAUUAACAAAUGUUGAAUCUCUAUUUAUUGUUCAUAAUCAAUUGCGAACCAUUGAAAAUCUUUCAACAUUGAUUAAUUUACGUGUACUUGAAUUAGGUGACAAUCGAAUUAAAAAAAUCGAAAAUUUAGAAUCACUUGUUCAACUUGAAGAACUACAUUUCGGUAAAAAUAAAAUUGAAAAAAUCGAAAAUUUACAAACUCUCACAAAACUACGCAUUCUUGGCUUGGGCGCCAAUCGACUUUCAAAGAUUGAAGGGCUAGAAACAUUGACGCAAUUAAAAGAAAUCUAUCUAUCAGAAAAUCGUAUACAAGUGAUUGAAAAUCUGGAUAGAAAUACGAAUUUAAAUGUUCUUGACUUAUCGAAAAAUCAAGUAGAACAUCUUGAUAAUCUUCAAUCUCUUCAUCAGCUCAAAGAAUUAUGGUUCAAUGAUAAUCAAAUUAAAAAUAUCGAUGAAUUAAAUAAACUUGAAUCCAUGCAAUCACUACAAUGUAUUUAUGUUCAUGACAAUCCAGCAUUCGAUCGUGAAGAAAACUAUCGAUCGAAAGUUUUAUUGCAACUCAAACAAUUGACGCAGUUGAAUGCCACUGAAACACGACGAGCUGUGCCAAUGAUAUUGGAUUAA